AUGGCAGGAAUUGCAGCUACAAGUGUAAUUGGUGGUGGUGCUCCGGUGCCGACGUUAAAGCUUUCGUCCACCAUCAUCUAUCUUUUAACAAUUGGGAUACUGUCCAUAAUGAACAAGAUUCAACCAUCUCAGCUUGCUGAGGAGCAAAGAAAUGCAACUAGGUUGCUGAAGCAGCUUCACAGUCAGAUUCAGACGAUAACAGCGAUGGGUAAUCCUACAACUAGUGAUAAUGUAGAGCCCACAGUGUGGUGGCAGGAGCAGCGCCGAAGACAGGCUAAAGGGCUCGAUGGGAAGAAAGGUUGGAAUGGGAUGUUGGAGGAGGAAAUGAGAGAAAUAAGUUGUGCUAUAGGAAAUAAAGACGAAGUUGACUACUUGAGGUUGGGAGGGAAAGCCUUGAAACUGAAAAAAUUUCUAGCCAUUGGUGGUCCUGUGCUCACAGGAUUAGUAGCACUUGGCUCUGCCUUUGUGGGGCCUCCUAAUCAUGGCUCUUGGGUAGUGGUGCGCGGAGUUGUUAGCAGGUGCUUUAGCAAGUGUAGUAAACACAAUUGA